CGAUUAUUAAAUAAAAUGAAUUUAACGAAGUUAAAUAGCAGCAACACAGUACACGUUGAAGUGCGCUUGCACCGCAGUGAACAAAGAAUACAGACAAUUCGUGCGGCUAUUGAGAAGGAUUUGGAAGACUACCUACGAUCGACUCCAUCGGUGUGUUGGAAUGCGACAUUUUCACCUAGCAUCGAAUUGCAGUCGGUUCAAUCAAUUUUGUUGGAGAAGGACAAUGGAGAUCAUGACGCUCUGCUUACGGACUUAGCUAAGUGCGAGUUUUGUUUUCAUUUCUACAUGACUCAGCGGCCAGAAAUGCAUUUGGACACAGCCUUGUUCAGCGGCGAGGGUGAUGAGGAUAACAUUGAUAGUGUUGUAGCUGCUAAUCAUGUACUAUUGCCUGCACAGGAGUUUGCUGGUCUCUGGGAGAAUUUAAUCUAUGAGCCAGGACUGAAGGAAAAGCUGUUAAAGUUCGCCUUGUCUGCGCUAAACUUUUCGCAACAUGGUGUCAACAGCAAUGUAAUUGCUUGUAAUCGGCUUAUCUUGCUACACGGUCCACCAGGCACUGGUAAGACUAGUCUCAGCAAGGCGAUUGCUCAAAAGUUAUCCAUUCGCAUGCAAGGCUGCUUUGCGUAUACUCAUCUCAUUGAGAUAAACAGCCACAGUCUGUUUUCCAAAUGGUUUUCGGAGAGCGGCAAGCUCGUAGCGAGCUUAUUUCUUAAAAUAAGAGAGCUACUGGCGGAUAAGCAUAACUUGGUUUGCGUCCUUAUAGAUGAGGUGGAAUCACUGGCUUAUGCACGCAGUGCCAUGAGCAGCAAUGAGCCGCGCGAUGCUAUGCGAGUCGUUAAUGCGGUGCUUACACAGUUGGACGAGAUCAAAUCAUAUUCGAACGUGCUGGUCCUGGCCACCUCAAACCUGGCCCAGAGCAUUGAUAUGGCGUUUUUGGAUCGGGCUGACAUACGCCAAUUUAUUGGCUUUCCAGCUGCUGCAGCCAUCAAAUCGAUUUAUACGUCAAUGCUACAAGAAUUAAUGGAUAGAGGCAUUCUGAUAAAUGGCGAACCAGGACAGGAUGCGCAAGUUGAGAGCCUGCUUACUACUUUGGCAACUAAUAGUAUUGGUCUGAGUGGACGCACAUUAAGGAAGAUGCCGCUUUUGGCUCAUGCGCAUCAUAUGAACUGGAAUAUAUUUGAAUUACAAACUAAGAUAGGGCUAUUGGAUUUUCUGCAGGCAAUGCACAUGGCUCUAGAUCAACAUCUUCAAGAACAGCAAGAAUUGAAACAAGAAAAUCUUUAAGAUUGAUUG